GACCACAGUAUACUGACAUUCCUAACUAAUGGACCACCUCAGUGUUGAUUCUUGGCCAGUAAAAGGACUAGCCUGGUCAUGCUUGCGAUGAUGCAAAAGUCCACUCAUAUGAUUCCUAUUAUGUCGAAGGCGGGUCAACACCGAACUCAGGCUUUCAUCGUGUAGGCGGUAGCCUAUAUAACUUCAACACAAGUACAGGACUUGGGUCAGACUUUGCAUUUAGCUUUUAAUGAAGAGGGUUUGGAAAAACUGGAUUUACUUCACCGAAAAGUUCGAAAACAAACUUUGCAUGGACAAGCCGGUCAAAUAAGUAAGUGUGUCUUGGUUCAUGGUAUGUAGAAAACGGCCUGUUAAUUUUGCGUUCAUAGGUUUAGCGAAACGCCUCUCAGACGAAAACUAUCGUCUUCAUCGUUUUUAAAAAACAAAAGAAAACACUGGUCUCAUCUCACGAAUGAGUUUUGCUUUUAUGCUACGCGAGUGAUCCCAUCUGGGUCUAUAACGGAACGUGCCGAUCUGUGACGCAGAAAUCUGCCUCGCGUGGUCACCCUCUCUCUGUACAAAAAGGCGACUCUUUCCAGUCACACAGAUGUUUGCCAAGGUAACGCGUCACCUGGUCAGCGAGACAGACCCUGACGGCUCUCUGCUUGCGGUCUCACGCCUCAUAGACUCGGACAAGCUGAAGCCACUGGGUGUGGUCUUGAAAAGCCAGAAUAGAUGGCCAUGGCAAAGACCCAAAUACAGACCCACUGACUUCACCCUCACACAGAUCAUACAAGGGAGAAAAACUCUUCGGCCAGUGCUGGCCAAAUCCGACUUCUUGAACUAUGAGGGCACCUAUGCUGGGACCCUGGGUGGGACUGUGAGCACUGAGGUAGGAGGACUCAGUCUUAAAGCAGAGGGACAGGGGUCUUCAAAGCUUCACUCCUCACUGGGCAGACUCCACAAAGAGGCGGUGGACAUUCACAGACUGAUGAAGGACUCCAAAGACAGGUUGGUGGACCUGGAGCACCCUCUAGUGAAGCAGUCAUUAUGGAAGAGGAAGGUGAUGACUGUCCUGAAGCGGCGCAUCUUAACCUCCAAAUCCUGCUCUGUCAGGUACCAUGGGCUUGGAGCUGGCAGCUGUGGGGCCAUGUUGUCUAUACUGAAGACUGCCCGCCUGCAGGUGAGCGUGAAUGAGAAUUCCACUCUCCAAAUGGACAGUGAUGUUUCCAUGGAGAUCCCUGCCAACACAGUCCUGGCCUACAGUGUCAUUGAGCUCAGAAUAAAGAGGAACGGCCAAUAUGAGCUUUGCUUGCAGGCUGAUGUUCAGGGCGGAUUUGACAGGGAUGUUGGGAGGGUCGAGGAUGACAGCGGUGCUUCACAGAGUGAGGUCGACGGCCAUGUUGGGAGGGUCGAGGAUGACAGCGGUGCUGCACAGAGUGAGGUCGACGGCCAUGUUGGGAGGGUCGAGGAUGACAGCGGUGCUUCACAGAGUGAGGUCGACGGCCACUUGGAGGAGACUAACCCAGGAAUGCCAGCGGGAGAUUUUCUCAGCACACAGAAAACAUGUUUGUUUGCACAGUUAACAGAUCUAAAAGAAGACCUGGGUGUGUUGUCUCAUUUGGACGCUGUUUCCCGCUCCUCUCUCCUCUCUCUGAUCGGCUCCUCUCUCCUGGACACAGACUUCCUCAACGCACUGGAGGAGAGGUUAGAUGACUGGUGUUCAGGGGAAGUUGCUGACAUAUCUGAGUGUCAGGACCAGAGGGUCCAGGCCAUCUUGAAUCUGCUAGAGUCUGUAUUAGCCAAUCAGGACACAACUCAUCAAGGACUGUCACGUCACAAUGGCAAACAUGCACUUCCUCCAGACCAUGAGGCUGGAUCCAGUUGUGCCUCGGCCAAUGGGUCACCAGUAGCCCGUGAGCAGCAGGCCGAUGGGCUGCUCAUAGGCCAGGCUCUGCACCUGCUGGUCAGCGCUUUACUGGAGUUGAGAAGUGACUGCUUGGACCGGAUAAAGUCUUGCUUGUCCUCUGGUUUGCUGCCUCCUCUCAGCCAACUAAUGGAUCAUCUGAUGAAGUCCCAGCCCUUCCCGUUGGACGGCGUGCCCCACCUCCUGCAGUGUGAGGAGGCGUUCCACAGGGUGGAGUCACUCUUCCACUCCGCCAGUCUUCAGCUGCUCAGACAGGCAGACAAGCUGCUGCUGCUGGAGUCGAAGGAGGCAGCUGGUUUCCAGGCACUAACCAUGUGCAUUGCUGUCCAAGGCCUAGCUCGUCUGACCUCUGCGUACGAGUAGAAACUUGUGUGUGUAUGUGCCUGGAACAUGAGUCCGUAUCAGACCACUAAGAGUUGUUUCAUCGUUAUCCUCCUCAAGGAUUGAUAAAAAUUACAUUUAUAAGUGAAAUAUAACCAAAUGUUUACACAAAAAUAUGCAUCCUUGCUGAAUACACCAGAGCUGUGGUUUUAAUAAUAUAUGCCAAAAUUGCCAAUAUCUUAAUGUUUACACUAUGCAAACAGUAUUUAAUGUUUACACUAUGCAAACAAUAUAGUUUACUGUUCAAGAGCUUAUGAUUCUUGACUUCAGAUUUGCCUUUCCAAGUCUGUUUGCAUGUUUUUACAUUGUAUCUAUGAACAGCAUGGAUGUCUGAACAGGUAUUAGCUUUACAUCAUCUUCAGGUUUUUUAGUUGAGAGAAUGUAGUCUUUUAUAGAUAAAUAUAAGAAAUAUAUAGAUGUAAUAUAUAUGAUAUUAAUAUAUUAAUAAAGGAACAUACUCUUUACCAUA